AUGGCGCAUUCAACACCAACGAAUUGGAGUAUCCAAUUUCUAUCGACGGUAUCUUCUGACACGGAUCCGUGUGUGGUGUUUUCGUUUGAGCAGGGGCCGGACACGGUGCAGGGCUCAGGAGGAGGAGCAAAAUAUAUAUUCAACGUUGGAGAAAACACCAAUCGCGCGUUCACACAGAGUAAGAUGAGCUGGAAUGGGACGAGGGCAGUUUUUUUGACUGGUGUGGGGAGGGGAAUGGCGAUCCCCCGUGGAUUUAGUGGGUCUGGGGAAUUUAAAGGAAGUCCUAGGGAUCGUGUAGGGGGAUUAUCUUCAUUAUUGAUGUCUUUCGCGGAUGGAGAUCCAAAAUACCCAGUGAAAGUUAUUGGUCCACCUGGGGUAAACCAUCUGUUGGCUACGCAGCGGUCUUUUGUUUAUAGAAAAAAUAUCUCAGUUUUAUCAACCGAGCUACCUUUCAACGAAUUUGUCACAGAGCGUCGUAGUCCUGAACCAAUAUUUCAAGAUGGGAAUCUGACGGUGUAUGGGAUACCUAUAACGCCUAUAUACCUCGAUGUCGCCGCCGCCCCGCUCGCUGCGUCUAACGAUCUCAAACGUAAACGCGUUGGUGACGAUGCCACUAAUAUUGUUGCUGGUGCGAAUGCCGACGACUUUGAAGAAGGACAUGAAGAGCCUCCUAGAAAACGCGUUCAGGUCACAAAAGAGGCUUUGGAUAUGCAGGAUAGUAAUAUUAUCAUGUCCGACGCCUCAGUUCCCCCAAUUCCCCUCGCCAACCUCCUCUCCACGCCUUCCUUCACCCCCGAGUCGCUAUCCACCCUGACACCCGCACAGGCACAAGAGUGGCGCGAGAUGAUGGUGGCGAUCAUGUUUCCUCGUUCGAAGGGAGUUGAAUUACCAGCCACUAACAAUAGUGAACAGAGUAAAUAUGCUAAGGGUAAAGCGAUUCCUGUUCCUAAUUCCUCCUCUUCCAUUGAUUCCGCCACUCUUCCCUCCACUUCUACUUCCACGUCUUCCCCUUCCUCUUCUGCUAGAAGAAGUUGGAACUAUGCGAACAAAUCGUACGUGUCAAAGUUUAGUGUACAUACGGGACCUGGAACUCGGAAUGGAGGAGAAGAAGAAGAAAAAGAAGAACCAGAUGAAUAUAGACGUCCGAUGCUUGUGACCGGCUUCCAUAAGCAGUUGCCGAGAUUUAGCCUUUCCGAAAACCAAAAAGCCCUACCACCUUCCGCUUUAUCACUCUCAUAUCUUGCCGUCGGCCCACUGACCCGAGGUAAAUUCGAUGCCCGCAAAGCUGAAGAGCUUGGUGUACCCAAUGGACCAUUGAGGGGUGCAUUGACAAGGGGGGAAACUGUGAGGUUUCUCGUUGACAACAAUGGGAGGGCGGUCAGGGCUCAGACUCAUGGAAAGGGGAAGAAGAAAAAGAAAGGAGCAAACGCUGGUGUCGUCGUUGAUGCAAACGAAGGCGAAAGAUGGGUGACGGUUCGACCGGAGGAUGUUGUAGCGUCGAGUAUACCUCCUGCGGCCGCUCUAAUUCUCGACAUCCCCACUCCAGAGUACAUACCUUCUCUGCUAGAAGCGUUCAGGGAAGGAAGCGCGUAUGCGCAAUGGUGUGGAUAUAGCCCUGUAGCUUCCACCAUUCCUACCACUGAGUCCCAACCCCGGUUCCACCUCCCGCCCGAACAACAAGAAAAUCAAAGCCAGCAAUCAACCCAAAAAGAAACCCAAUUCACCCUCCACACAAUCAUCCACCUUAUCGGGGACGGUGUAUUAGAAGACCCGAGAUAUAGGGCUUUCAUGGCUGGGUUUGAAAGAGUUGGGACGUCGGAGGCUGUCCCGGCAAAUAUGGACGAGUCUGCGGAGUAUGGGUUGUUCGAAAAUGAACUCAAAUAUCCCGGGGUACAUCCACACCACGUAAUCUCUUCUCCCUCGUACCUUCCGGAUCCGGUAACGUUCACCUCGUCGGCGUAUCAGCAGUUGAAGCUCGCGCAGCUCGAUCCAAAGAUGUUUAGAGUGCCGAAAUUUGGGUUGGUGCCGAGGAGGGUGUUAGAAGAAGACAUGAAGGAGGAAGAACAGGGGGAAAAGGAAGAACAGGACACUAUCUCGUUUGGUUCUCAAAUACCCCCAUCCCCGGAACUUCCCAAACUUCCCAAACAUACCACUCUCCUCACAGCACACAGCAUAAUCCCCAUGCGUCCUCUGGGUCCUCCGCAAAACGAGGAUUGGGCGGCUUUCGCUGAUACUCCACAGGGAGAAGAAUGGGACAGGUUCCAUCCUGCAGUUGCGAAGAUUAGGAACCGACUUCUUGCUGAAGCUGAAGCUGAAUCCUAUGGACGCGGUUCGGAGUCUCGUUUUCGCUCUCUUUCUGGUUCCACCUCCGGUUCUGAUUCUGAUUCUGAUUUUGGUCGCCUCCUCACGGGCUCUGCUGAUUCUGUAUCUGAUCCUAUCCAUACUUCUGCUGCUCCUACUUCAGAGGCUGAGCAAGUCCUUGCUAUUCCCCAUACGUCAGCUGAGAAUACAAUGGAUCUUCUCGAUACUCUGAACACUGUGGACACCCCUGCACUUGAUCCUCCUCCAGUUGAGCUUCGGGACGACGAUGUCGGUGGUGGGGUAAAAAGUGUUCCCCAAGGCACUGCUACCCUUGGGUCUGCGGAAUCUUGGGAAUCGGAUCCGGGUGGUUCAGGUGGUUCGAUCGUCACCACCAUCACCAUCGCUGGUGGUGAAAAUGGCGGGAACACUGAAGAUGCGGUGUCGCAAAAGAGUUCUGAGAGUUUUACGUCUAUGGAACUAAAAUUACUUAACAAUUCUUCUACGAUGCUCAAUACGAACGCGGAUGCCAACGGGGACACAAGUACGGACAGAAAACCUUCUUCUCGAAAAAGCGGAAGACGGGCCAGGAAACUGGCACCGGACUUGGAACGGGAACGGGAAGGGAAAAGCUUCUCGCUCUUGAGUAGCUUGAGAGAGUUACUUAGAAAGGAGGAAGAAAAGGGGGUAAAAAAAUCGGGUGGGAAAAAUGACAGUGAAAUGGAUGGACCCCCCAAUCCAAAGUUCCCAAAUCCCAAGAACCCGCCGCUGAAAGUAAGCCGACUGAAGAUAGACACCCACUCCCUCCAUCUCCCGUUGAAGAACAACCCGAUUCUGAAACAGCGCACGGCGAUCGCAUUCAGGUAUGCACGAUCUUUGGCUUGGCGGUACGAGAAAGAGAUGGCAGAAGCGAUGGAGAGACUAGAUAUGAUAGAGAUGUUCCAGAGCAUGAAAGCUGCGGCGGAGAAGGAAAAGCAAAAAGACAAGGAGGAAGGAACAUCCGAAUCACCAUUAAGUGCAAGCGAAUCCAGUAAAUUGAAGAUGCCUUUGGACCAGGCAAUACUUAAUGCACUGGAGGCGAGGGAGUUGAAUAGAUUGAGGUAUAUAUUGAAAGGUUGGAAGGGGAGGAAAAGGUCGGUAUUUGAGGAGAAAGAGAAGAAAAAUGCGGGAAGAUAUGUCAGUGUUAUAACGCUUGGAACAGUCUCCGCUACGGUCAUCCAAAUUCCUGAAUGGGGGAAUAUCCUGCUAGAUUGUGGGGAAGGCACUUGGGGACAACUGUGUCGAGUGUUCGGCACAGCUUCAUCUACACAUACCCCUACUACCUCAUCAUCCCUUUCCCAAUCACCAGAAGAACAAACUCUAGGUGUCGACGCCUUCCUCCGCUCCCUCAAACUCAUUUACAUCUCCCACCUCCACGCCGACCACCACCUCGGGCUCGCGAAAAUCCUCGCUAUGCGCCAGGCGCUAAAUCCUCCGCCAAAAGAUCCAGUUUAUUUGGUUGGAGUGAGAGGAGUGCAUUUGUAUCUGAGGGAGGUGUGUGAUUUGGAAGGAUUGGGGAUUGAGGGGGUAGAUGUCGAUAGAGGGAAAGGAAAUGGGGUGAUCACAGUCCUCUCACCAGCUCUACAUUGGAAUUACUCACAAGUAUACACCCCGCAAGGGAUGUGGAGUGUAGGUGGAACGGAAGAGUGGCUGGAUUCGAAGACAUCCCGCGGACAUAUCACUGUCCUCUGCCGUGCACUCAAUCUACACUCUUUCACCACCGUCGACGUCCGCCACCGCACGCGCUGUUAUGGGUGUAUCAUCCACAGCAAGGACGGGUGGAGUAUCGUCUUUUCGGGGGACACUAUGCCUUCGGAUAAUCUUGUACAUGCUGCGAAGAAUGUUAUAAAGGGGAACCCGGGAAGGGAGUGGAGGGCUGAUCAGAAGGUAAAAAAUGAACAGAUAACCCUCCUAAUUCACGAAGCGACAAUGUCUGAUGCCCAAGCUGAUAUGGCCGCUGCGAAAGCGCAUAGUACUGUUGGUCAGGCGAUAGAUAUUGGACGGAGAAUGGGUGCGGAGAAUGUGUUGUUGACACAUUUCAGUGCGAGGCAGCCGAAGAUGCCGCAUCGUGUUUUCGUGGGUGGGCGGGGAAAAGGUCGAGGAGGAGGACGGGGUGGGUAUAGAGGUGGUCAGGGAAGGGGUACUGGUGAUAUACGACCCGAUAAUGAUGAAAGCACUCUCAGCUCUUUCUUCCCAGUCUCACCGGAACCCACACCAUAUAUCACCACACCAUAUAUUGCCACCGCCUUUGACUAUGCCCACUUUACCCUAGGGUCAAUGUGGAAGAUGCAGUUCUACAUGGACGGUAUCGAGCAGAGUUAUCGGGAGAUGGUCGAGGAGGAGAGGGAUACAGUAGAGGAGAGGAUGGUGGAGGAGGAAUGGGAGGAGAUAAGAGAACAGGAGGAUAUGAGGGUGAAAGCGGAUGAAAGGGAAUCAUGGAUGAUGGGAGGAUAUGAACAGGAAUCCGGAAUGGAAUUGGGCAUGGAUUUGAGUGAAGAAGCCGAAGCUGAACAAAUGGAAUCGGACAGGGAACUGAAACAGGUAGAAUCAUAUGAAGAGGAUGAAAAGAUCAAUGAUUAUCCAUAA